UCCAAGCGAUAGAGUAGUGAUAUCGAGCUGCCGUCCAUGGACGAUCUCCUCUCUCCGUGCUCCUCCUUCCUUCCACCCUCACCGUCCUCCCACUUCUCCACCGUAGGCCAGCAGGUGCUCGAGUUCGUGUCCCGGGAAGUUCCCGAACAAUGGCUGUUCGACGACGGCACGAUGUGCCAGAACGCGGACAGGGAGCUGUCUCCCACAGGGAGAACGCUCCUCCGGAGCGCUGAGCUCUCCGAGCUGCCACCGAGCCUCCCGGCAACGCUGCAGUGCCAAACCAAGCGGCGGGGCCGGAAACCCGGGCCCCGCUCUGACGGUCGCCAUAGCGCGGUCAGCCACGUGCAGGCCGAGCGGCUGCGCCGCGACAAACUGAACCGUCGGUUUUGCGACCUCCGAGCUGCCGUCCCCAACGUGUCCCGUAUGAACAAGGCAUCACUCCUGGCAGACGCCGUCGCCUACAUCGCGGAGCUGCGCUCCCGCGUGGCGCGCCUCGAGGACGAGGCCAACAAGGAACUGGAGCAGAGCUCUGUGGCCGCUUCCAAGUUCCUGCAGGUAGAUGAAGCGGUGGACGUGCGGAUGGUGGGAAGUGACGCGGCCGCGGUGCGUGUGACCACAGCGGCCAGCCACGCUCCGGCGCGGCUGAUGGGCGCGCUCCGGUCGCUGGAGCUGCAGGUGCAGCAUGCCUGCGUUAGCCGCGUGCAAGGCGUGACCCUGCAGGACGUCGUCGUGGACGUGCCACCCUCGAUGCAGGACGCCGACGGCCUCCGCUCGGCGCUGCUCCAGACGCUGCAGGACAGCGCCUAGGCCGCAAGAGUGAUGGGGGUAAUAAAGGAGAUGAAAUGGACGUCUAUACCAUCAUCGUUAAUUAUGUUUCCUGCUGUUAUACAUGAAAUAAAUUGCCCAUUAUCAACGUA